AUGAGCGGCUUCCGCCAAGCCGACGCAGGGACGUCCAGCACGUAUUAUUUGCCGAAAAUCGGUUCUAAUUUUGAAACCGUCCGACUUACCUACGGUGCAUUUCUGCGGCUUUGUCUGCAUUCUACUGUCUACUACGGUGCACAGGGCUUUGUAUCAGAGAAACUAUUUGGCCGCAAGGGUACAAUGGGCGUUGCGGAGCGCGAGGCGAUGCGCUACAUCCUUUCUAUGGGGGCAGAGGUAGGCGUCUCGGUGCUCAUCAUGCCCGUCCGCUACCUAGCUGCCUCCACGACACCGCGCUUUAUGCUCGAUUAUAUGUUCACACGCUGGUCCGAUGUGCUGGCGCUGCUCGAUCGCUUCAAUCCUAGCACCUACGCGAGCUAUGCGCUGUACGCCUUUGCAAGCUCCAACGACGAAUGGAACUUCGACUUCUUCACCUGGCAGAUUCCGUCGGUGCUAAUGACUCUUGGCAAGCUGAUCGCACGUCGACGACUUGCUGGGUCAGCGCGAUGCCGUACCAAGCGGGUUUUCGGCGUUUUGCUUGCACAGCUCAUCUUGCGAGCGUACAUGUCGACGUUUUCCGUUAUGAUUCCAGAGCAAGGGUCUGAGGCCCUGGUGGCGAUGUCGGUCACAAUUUUGGAGGGCAUGGCAACAUCCUACCUGGCGCGGCACACGUGGCCAUUUCCGUGGGACGACAUUACGCACGUAGCAUCCAUGAACACAACGAGCUCCUCUACUGCAAUGGCGUCGGAGGGGCCAGACACGCCGCCGUAA